AUGGCCAGCGCUCCAAGGGUAUCAGGGAGGCCAAAUCGUUUUGAGAAUCGGCCUCCAAUGAGCACAAUCUUAUGCCGCAACGGCCCGCAGUGUAGAAAGCUGCAAGAAGGGACCUGCCAUUACAACCAUGAUUUCACGUCCAUGGCUCCUAACGGACUCAACGCCUCCAAGAGAUCCCUCAAUGUCGAUUCGCCCGCGUUCACGCCAACGCCCAAAAAUGCGACAGUACAGCCAGCCAAGGUUGGCAUUUCGCCAAAGACAGUCGCUGCGGCGACCUUCACCCCACGUGGUUCAGGCAAGCGGCAUGACAACUUUUCCAUCAAGUCGUUGUCUCAGCAGAUCAAUGCGUUCGACCACCCCUUUCUCGCACAGCAGAAUAUCACCGGUCUAGACGCAUCACAAACGCAAAUAAACCCAUAUGUCCAGCAAGCAUCCAACGUGGGCAAUCAGCCAUUCUUUCAAGAUGCAUCCAGCUUUAAGCAUCCCCUCAAUUACCACCUAUACGCAUCGAUCGGCCCAAGACGAGAGAACUUGAUGGCAUAUCAACGCAGUACGGCGGACUUCUUCAUCCCAGACAAUCUUCGAGAAGAGCUUCAGAGAAAGUCAGAAGCAACAUUGCAGACGUAUGCCAACAGUGCAUUACCCCAAGCCGUGGAGUACUUCCACUCUUUGGUAGCUUUGGACACGAACAAUACCAAAGGCGCUUCCACUUUUGGAUAUCAAAGCUGGAUCUACAAAGCUACCUCAAGCCGUGACGGUCAUACCUACGCUCUGAGACGGAUCGAAGGAUUUCGUCUCAGCAGUGAAGCUGCGAUCAGAACCAUCAAUUCUUGGAAGCGUAUUACAAAUGCGAGCAUGGUCCGAGUCUACGACGCAUUUACGGGAAGAUGGUUUGGGGACAGCUCGCUAAUUCUCGUGACCGACUACCACCCACGAUCACAAACCUUGACCGACAAGCACUUUGCAGUGGGCAGGCAUACGCACCGAAUUGGCGCUCAAGUAACCCCUGAGAACGAUCUAUGGGGCUACAUCGUGCAGCUUGCAAGCGCACUGAAAACCAUCCACGAGGGUGGCGUCGCAGCGCAGACCGUGAUACCGUCAAAGGUGCUUCUGACGUCCAAGAAUCGUCUUCGACUGAACGGAUGUGGAGUGUUUGAUAUCAUCCAGUACGAGCAGCGAAGGCCGUUGCCUGAGCUCCAACGUGCCGACCUUCAGGACCUUGGGCGCUUGGUCUUAGGCAUUGCCGCGAGGAACCCAACAGCACAUCAAAAUACACCCAAAUCACUGGAACUUGUUAGCCGGUCAUACAGCGAGCGGCUGAGAUCAUGCAUAGCGUGGCUCGUUGCACCGCCGCCAUUGCCACAGGAUGGCGUCCAACCGAUAGAACAGUCAGCGACGUCGACGGAGUACAACAUUCACACCUUGCUGAACAACAUUGCGGACAAGGUUGUAUCGGCCUUUGACAGCGCCCUUCACCUUGAAGACGAACUUACAUCUGACUUGAUGCGCGAGCUCGAGAAUGGACGUCUGGUGCGACUACUGACUAAGCUCAAUGUCAUUCUUGAGCGACCAGACACUGGCACAGCAUGGUCCGAGACCGGUGAACGCUACUAUUUGAAACUAUUCCGGGACUAUGUCUUCCAUCAAGUUGAUCAGGAUGGUCGACCUGUUCUGGAUCUAGGUCAUAUCGUCACUUGUCUCAACAAACUGGACGCCGGAAUCGACGAGAAGAUCCAGCUUGUCAGUCGAGAUGAGCAGAGUCUCUUCAUCACGAGCUACAAGGAAGUCAAGCGAGGCUUCGAAGCUGCGUGGGCGGAGAUCAGCAAAGCGUCGAAUCCAAGCCGACGUUAG